AAUGACCUUCCGCGGUUACCCAUAAGCUUAUUUUUUAACAUGGUUGAAAUUGAUAGCCAUCGCGAAGCAAGACUUACUCGAUACAGCGAGCUUUUAGAGGCAUUUGGAUCGGUAAAGAAGGAAUUUAUACCUUAUUUGGCUUCAGUUUGAUGUUGAAAAUAUCGGUUCAUUGAGUACAAAGUACAUCAUUCCUGCUUUGAGGAAGCUUGGUUGUAAAGCCAGCGAAUCCGAAAUACUUCAAGCUGUCAAAGCUGCAGAAGUCGGUGAAAACUGUGAUAAAAUAACGUUUUAUGACUUUAAACGAAUUUAUCAAGAAGCAUGUAAGGGGGAUCCCAUGGUUUCUGCUAUCGGAAAUGCCGGUUCUAAAUCUAACCUUUAUCAUUAUGGCACGUAUGAAGGCAGAGUGGAAGAUGACACUUUACAUAGUGUGAGUGAGGAAGAGCAAGUUGGAUUUUCUAGUUGGAUUGAGAGAAACUUACGAGAUGACCCUGAGUGCAAUUGUUACUUUCCAUUCAAGUUGGAUGGCAGUGAUCUGUAUGACAAAUGCAAAGACGGAAUAAUAUUAUGUAAGAUUAUCAAUUGUUCUAUACCGAAAACAAUUGAUCAUCGUGCAAUGAAUAGACACUUACCUUUAACUACUUAUCAAAUGCAUGAAAAUAUCACUUUAGCGUUGAAUAGCGCACGAGCUAUUGGAUGUAAUGUGGUGAAUAUUGGAGCUGGAGAUAUUUGGAAUGGUACUAAGCAUUUAUUGUUGGGACUACUUUGGCAAAUUAUCAAAAUUGGACUAUUAAAGCAGAUAAAUGUGGUGGCACAUGCUGAACUAGCUACUCUACUUGAAGGUGAAGAAACAAUCAAUGAUUUUGCUAAACUUUCACCAGAAGAAAUUUUAAUUCGUUGGGUGAAUUAUCAUUUGAAAGGUACUGAAAGUGGAACACGUAUGGAGAAUUUUUCAUUUGAUGUUCGUAAUUCAGAAGUUUAUGCCUAUCUUGUGGAAAAAAUUGCUCCUCAGGAAAAGAAACCAUACAUGCAUUCAGCUCGUGCUAUCCUAGAUGCUGUAGAUCUUGUUCAGCGAGCCGAAAUGGUGCUUCAAAAUGCUGAACAACUUAAUUGUCGUGUUUUUGUUCGACCUGAAGAUAUUGUCAGUGGAUCACAAAGAUUGAAUUUAGCCUUUUUAGCUAAUCUAUUCCAUGGAUAUCCAGCUUUAGAGAAACCACCAGAAGUAGAAGAAAAAGUUGCUGAAAUUGAAGAGACACGUGAAGAGAAAACUUAUCGUAAUUGGAUCAAUUCAUUGGGUUUUCCAGAUAGUGUCAAUUAUUUAUUUUCUGAUCUAAUUGAUGGAUUAUUAUUGUUAAGACUAUUCGAUUCAGUUCGUCCACAUACUGUCGAUUGGACAGUAGUUCAUGAACCGAUUUGUAAUACACCAGCUAAAGCGAAUUUUCAAUGUCUCGAGAAUUGUAAUUAUGUAAUUAAACUUGGCCGACAAUUUGGAUUUAGUUUAGUUGGUGUAGCUGGAGCUGAUAUAUAUGAAGGUAAACGUAUAAUGACACUUGCAUUACUAUGGCAACUCAUGCGUGCCUAUACAUUCUCAUUGUUAACACAGUUAACCAAUGCUGAAGCUGCUUCAGGAAAAAUCUCCAACUCCAGUAAUAGUAUAUCUAGUCCAAUAGAAGAAACAAGAAUUAUUGAAUGGGCUAAUAAAAAGUUGGUGAAUGCAAGAAAAUUUGUAAAAAUCUCUAAUUCAUUGGGUUUUGCUGAUCCAAAUCUAAAAACUUCUCAUGCUGUUAUUGAAUUAAUUGAAGCUAUUCGUCCUCAUACAGUGGAUUAUAGUCUAGUCCUUCCUGGAAAUACAAAAAAUGAACAACUUACUAAUGCCCAAUAUGCAAUCACAUUAGCUAGACGAAUCGGUGCAAGUGUCUAUGCAAUGCCAGAAGAUCUUGUUGAACUAAAACACAAAAUGAUAAUGACAAUAUUUGCUUGUCUAAUGGCUGUUGACUUGAAACAAAACCGUAAAAGUUCAGAUUCAUGGAAACGAGUAGAAAAAUUAGAGAUUGUUGAGAAUAAAUCAUUCCAUAAUUCUGUUCAUUCAAGUAGAGAAUCGAUGGAGACAAAAAGUUACGUAUACAUGGGAGUGAAUUGUAAAGACGGUUCAAACUAUAAUAAUGAUGACAAUGAUGAUGGUGAUAACAAUGAUAUUGAAGAAGAUGUAACCGAAAAUUAUGAUCUGAAAAAGCCGUGUUCAGGACCUAUUCUUCUUAAAGACACCCCCAGACCACCUCCAGAAAAGAUGUAUGUGAAAUCAUUCAAAGUGAAUUUGUCAAAUUGUCAAAAAUCCCCUAUAACCUGUUUAGAUGACACUAGACAACAAUAUCUUCUUUGUUCCCCUUCAGGAGAUUGUUUAGAAGUAGAAAGUUUGGACAGCUUAGUUACAGCGAACCUUGUUAAAGCAGGCGGUCUACUCAGACCUCCUUCUCCUGGUCGUUGCCAUUCACCAGUUAAAAAUCAUAAUGUUAAUUAUCACUGUGUGAAAUCUUCGUCAAGAUCUUGGUCACCAGUUAAUAUUAUUGACAUGAAUGACAUAAACAAAACAUACUCUAAAAACAUUAUGCAUCUAUCAAAAUCUACACCUUCAGUUGAUCAAAUUGGUAUCAGUAAUACUCGAAGAAGUUUUUCACCAACACUGUCAACUGGUAAGCAAAGUUCACACUCUGAAGCUCAAAGUCCACAUGAAAGAAGACGAAAUGCUACUGGUGAUCGAGAAUUAGCAUCAACUACAGAAAAAGAAUUUACUGAAGAAAAAACUAUUCAUAGUACUUUAUACACAUUAGUCUAUCCUAAAGAGCAUUACAUUGAUUUAAAACCUUCUAGGUAUACAAACAAUUUGAAUAGUACUAUUAAAACAAAGUCAUAUUCAACAAUGACGACAACAAUAACAAAUAAUCGACCACAUGGUGGAGGUCGUUUAUUUCUUGCAACUGGUGCAAGAAAAGAUUGAAUACCUUGAUAAUUGACCAUUGAAAAUUGAACGUUGUUUUAAUUAAGUAUGCACAAUCUUUGAACUGAUUGUUUUGAAUGAAUUAUAAUUAUUAUUUUGGUUGCUGGGUGUUAAAUAUCAUUUAAUUGUGAAG